AUGUCGGUGCCGGUGUACUCCUCCAGGAGGAAGAACUGGUUCCACAUCCAGCCUCUCUUGGACCUCCGCAGAGGGGCCCCCUUUGCGUCGUGUGCGGUCAGCGCUCCGAGGCCCCGGGACCUGCCCAGUGAAGAGGCUCUCCUCGGUCCAGACCGAAGUCCGGCCCCUGAGGAGCUGCAGCAGAGCAGCACCAGACCCAGCAGCACCAGCCGCUCCAUGGUCUCCUCGAAUCCUCACCAGUGCUCGCUCACGCCUUCGGCUCGGUCCACAUCCCAGAUUCUCCACUGGACGUGA